UCACACACACACUCUCUCUCUUCCUGCCUCCCACAGUUCACAGGACUAAGGACCGCAGGCGUUUCUGGGCACUGAGAGCCUCCGUCACUGCCCCCAGCCAUGAGCCGGCGCGUGGUUCGGCAGAGCAAGUUUCGCCAUGUGUUUGGGCAGGCGGCAAAGGCCGACCAGGCCUACGAGGACAUCCGUGUGUCCAAGGUCACAUGGGACAGCUCCUUCUGCGCCGUCAACCCCAAAUUCCUGGCCAUUAUUGUGGAGGCUGGAGGCGGAGGUGCCUUCAUCGUCCUGCCUCUGGCCAAGACAGGACGAGUGGAUAAGAACUACCCACUGGUCACUGGGCACACUGCCCCGGUGCUGGACAUCGACUGGUGCCCACACAAUGACAACGUCAUCGCCAGUGCCUCAGAUGACACCACCAUCAUGGUGUGGCAGAUUCCAGACUAUACCCCUAUGCGCAACAUUACAGAGCCCAUCAUCACACUAGAAGGCCACUCCAAGCGCGUGGGCAUCCUCUCCUGGCACCCCACUGCCCGGAAUGUCCUGCUCAGUGCAGGUGGUGACAAUGUGAUCAUCAUCUGGAACGUGGGCACCGGGGAGGUGCUCCUGAGCCUGGACGACAUGCACCCGGACAUCAUCCACAGCGUGUGCUGGAACAGCAAUGGCAGCCUGCUGGCCACCACCUGCAAGGAUAAGACCCUGCGUAUCAUCGACCCCCGCAAGGGCCAGGUGGUGGCGGAGAGGUUUGCGGCCCACGAGGGGAUGAGGCCCAUGCGGGCCAUCUUCACGCGCCAGGGUCAUAUCUUCACCACGGGCUUCACCCGCAUGAGCCAGCGGGAGCUGGGCCUGUGGGACCCGAACAACUUCGUGGAGCCAGUAGCGCUGCAGGAGAUGGACACGAGCAACGGGGUCCUCCUGCCCUUCUACGACGCCGACUCCAGCAUCGUCUACCUGUGUGGCAAGGGCGACAGCAGCAUUCGGUACUUUGAGAUCACCGACGAGCCACCCUUCGUGCACUACCUGAACACGUUCGGCAGCAAGGAGCCGCAGCGGGGCAUGGGGUUCAUGCCCAAGCGGGGGCUGGACGUCAGCAAAUGCGAGAUCGCCCGGUUCUACAAGCUGCACGAAAGGAAGUGUGAGCCCAUCAUCAUGACUGUACCCCGCAAGGUGAGGGGCUGGGCAGGGCUCCAAGGUGGACGGGAGCGGAGCAGCCACGCCCUGCAGCAGAACACGCUGGAGACGCUGCUGGAGCAGAUCAAGGCCCUGCGCGAGCAGGUGCAGGCCCAGGAGCAGCGCAUCACGGCGCUGGAGAACAUGCUGUGCGAGCUGGUGGACGGCACGGACUAGCGCAGCGCUCCCGACGGCUCC